CUCAGCCGUACUUAGUCACAUGGUUACGCAAACAGCACAUGCGUAUUAGAAUUGGGAAAGCUCGUUGUCAGGGUAACCGAGUCCGUUGGAUGUUAGCAGGCGAUGUUGUUGUAAAGGGUGACAACACCGCAUUGACGAAUAUAUAUAUUUUCCAUUUGUUUAGUGGCACGUCACCGGAGGAAGAUGAUGCUUUCACGGGCCAAGCCUGCUGUAGGCAGUGAGCUACAGCAGGUGGAUAAAAGAAAGAAAAAAGGAAAGAAAGUACCCAAAUUGGAUGAACUAUUGGCACUGCGAGACUUUACUGGAGCAAUAACGUUGCUUGAGUUUAAGCGCCAAGUUGGGGAGAAUGAAGAAGAUUCGGACAUGUGGAUUGGAUACUGCUCGUUUCAUCUUGGAGACUACAAAAAAUCUUUAGAGGUUUUUCAGACUGCAAGCCAAAAGGAAAGUAGUAACCCUGAUGUCUGGGUAAAUCUGGCUUGUACCUACUUCUUUUUGGGAAUGUAUAAGGAGGCAGAAGAGGCUGCUAACAAAGCUCCCAAAAGUCGUUUGCAGAAUCGAUUGCUUUUUCAUUUGGCUCAUAAGUUCAAUGAUGAGAAGAAACUCAUGGUCUUUCACCAAAACCUGCAAGAUAUUAUUGAAGAUCAGUUAAGCCUUGCAUCCAUCCACUAUAUGAGAUCACACUAUCAAGAGGCCAUAGAUAUCUACAAGAGGAUACUGUUGGAAAACAGGGAGUUCUUGGCUCUAAAUGUCUAUGUGGCACUGUGCUAUUAUAAACUUGAUUACUAUGAUGUAUCCCAGGAGGUUCUUGCUGUGUAUUUGCAGCAAGUUCCUGACAGUGCCAUUGCUCUGAAUCUCAAGGCAUGCAAUCAUUUCCGGCUUUAUGAUGGGAAGGCAGCUGAGGCAGAGCUGAAAAGUUUGAUGGACAGUGCUUCAUCUUCGUUUGACUUUGCCAAAGAACUCAUAAAACACAACCUUGUUGUGUUUAGAGCUGGAGAGGGGGCCCUACAGGUCCUACCACCAUUAGUUGAUGUUAUUCCUGAAGCGCGUCUAAACUUGGUGAUAUAUUACCUAAGACAAGAUGAUGUACAAGAAGCUUUCAACUUGAUCAAAGACCUGGAACCCUCGACUCCUCAGGAAUACAUUCUUAAAGGUGUUGUAAAUGCAGCUUUGGGUCAUGAACUAGGCUCGCGGGACCAUCUAAAAAUUGCCCAACAGUUCUUCCAGCUUGUUGGUGGCUCAGCCAGUGAAUGUGAUACUAUACCUGGAAGGCAAUGUAUGGCUUCAUGUUUCUUUCUUCUACGUCAGUUUGAAGAUGUUCUGAUCUACCUUAACUCUAUUAAGAGUUACUUCUACAAUGAUGACACGUUUAACUUUAACUAUGCUCAAGCCAAAGCAGCAACUGGAAACUAUAAGGAGGCAGAGGAGGCAUUUCUGUUAAUUCAAAAUGAGAAGAUAAAAAAUGACUAUGUUUACCUUAGCUGGCUUGCCCGUUGUUAUAUAAUGAACAAGAAUCCAAGGAUGGCUUGGGAGUUAUAUUUAAAGAUGGAAACAUCCGGGGAGUCAUUUAGUCUUCUACAGCUGAUAGCCAACGAUUGCUAUAAAAUGGGUCAGUUCUAUUACUCUGCCAAGGCCUUUGAUGUGCUAGAGAGACUAGAUCCCAGUCCCGAGUACUGGGAAGGAAAGAGAGGAGCUUGUGUUGGGAUUUUUCAAAUGAUUUUGGCAGGUCGUGAACCCAAAGAAACUUUAAGGGAGGUGCUCCAUUUGCUACGGAGUACAGGCAGUACACAAGUAGAGUAUAUUAUCCGGAUCCUAAAGAAAUGGGGCAAAGAUAAUCGUGUUCCAGUCUGAAUAACCAUCAGCUGCUGUUCAUAAGCAUUUGUUCUAUGGAUGUUAACUUUUGCACUUUUUAAAAAAAAUGUGUAUAUAUUUUCUAGAAAAACCAUGACAUUAAGUAAUGUCCAAUAGUAAUUGUCAUAUUUUGUACACCUUAAACUAAUAUAGGACCAUAAGAUAAAUUAUUCCAAGUGUAGUCUGUUAUUGCAGGUUCAGACAAUGAAAUAAAAUAUAAAAUGUUUCUAAA